AUGUCGUAUAAUAAUUACAACUUUAGGCAUAAUUCGAUAGGUGGUAACUGGCAUUUACCACCGCCCAACCAUCACCAACAACAACAGCAACAACAGCAACAACAGCAACAGCAACAGCAACAACAACAGCAACAACAACAACAACCACAAUACCCACUCAAUGGAAGGAAUGAUGUACUCCCACAAGAUCAAGUGUACCUACCGCAGCAAGCAUACAAAUCAAAUCAAGCCCCGGGGUUUCGCAAUCCAUGGUUUUCGAUGAAUCAUCUGUCAUCAGCUGCGUCAUCUCCAACUGCAUCGUCAUCUGUAAUGUCACAGUCCCCCACCAAGUCUCAUACUAUACCAUUAUUACAACAGCAUCAGCCUCCCCCUUUGAACAAGAGAUUGUCCUUUACAAAUCAGCUUCUGACAACUUAUGAGAAUGAAAAUUCCAAUGCCACCAACCCCCAGGUUUCCCCUUAUAUACAUCCUCCUACUCGUGCAGACAAUCCAUUUACCCAGUACUUUUCCAAUCCAGAAGUCACACUCAAUAAUCCAAAUGAUCGUCGAAUGUCAGCGGCGGUGGAUGGAACAUACAGUAAUCCGUAUGGGUAUAACCAACAAAACAGAACGGCAAUGAUGACACAAGGAGGAAACCUUUUUGGUGGUAAUGGUGAUGCUUCUGUGGUUCAAGGUGUAGCGCCAGGGCUUUCGCAAUUCAUUCAUCCCAAUAUGGCUUCUAAUGUCAUGCCUGGAGCAAGCAGCGUUGCCAACCGAAGAUCAUCGGUUGCUGUCAUGCCUAACCAUUACUAUCAGCAACCAAUACAAGCUUACGAUAGCAAGAGUGGUCAAUAUUACGCCUCACCUGCAAGACGGUCAGGCUCAAUUGUCCAAUAUCAACAAUACCAACAAGCACUUCAGCAUCAAAAGGCUUCCAAAUUUAGAAAACCCGCACCCAAAGCAAGGAAAAUUCGCAACAAGUCGGAACUUACUCCCAAGGUUCAUCAACAACCCAAAUACAGACGGUGUUCAGUCAAUUCUAUCCACAUAUCACCCCUCAAUGCAUUAUCUGUUUAUUUGACCGAAUCUUAUAGCAUCUGUCAGCCAAGAAAAUUCCAGUAUUCCAAAUCAACAAAUCCAAAGAGAGUCUUGACUAAACCUCUGGAUCCAAAAUUCAAUAAUGGGUACGAUAACGAAGAAAGUGACUAUAUUCUUUAUGUCAAUGAUAUCCUAGGCAGCGAAGAGGGGAGAAAAUACAUGGUUCUUGAUUUACUAGGAUCAGGCACAUUUGGGCAGGUUGUGAAAUGUCAAAACUUGAUUAAUCAAACUGUAUGCGCUGUCAAAGUGAUUAAAUCAAAGCCAGCCUACAUGAAUCAGUCAUUGACAGAGGUACGUUUACUAGAGUUUUUGAACAACAAUAGCGAUGGAAAGAGUUUUAUUAGGCUCUUGGAUACGUUUAUGCACAAGGAGCAUUUAUGUUUGGUAUUUGAGCUUUUAGCUUCGAACCUUUACGAGUUAAUAAAGCAGAACCAAUUUCAAGGAUUGAGUAUGAAGUUGGUGAAGCUUCUUACCAAGCAGUUGCUAGACGCAAUGGCGCAAUUGAAAAACUUUCAAAUGAUUCAUUGCGAUUUGAAACCGGAGAAUAUUUUGCUUUGUCAGCCAGAUAAACCUAAUAUCAAAGUGAUUGAUUUUGGAUCAGCAUGUUUCACAAGGCAGACCAUCUAUACAUAUAUACAGUCGAGAUUUUAUCGAUCACCAGAAGUGAUUCUUGGCUUGCCAUAUACCGAAUCUAUUGAUAUGUGGUCGUUGGGUUGCAUUGUAGGUGAGUUUUUUCUCGGCUUACCCAUGUUUCCAGGUACUUCUGAAUACAAUCAAAUUUGGAAGAUUGUUGAUAUGUUGGGACCUCCUCCAAGGCACAUGAUUGAAGUGGGACGCAAUUCAUCAAAUUUUUUCAAGAAGAUACCUAGUGAAACCCCCGAUGGGAAACCCACUUAUGUGAUAAAAACGUUUGAAGAAUAUACCCAUGAUUUAGAAGUUGCUAAAAUGGAAAGUGGGUCAAGUCAUGCACACAAGAAGGAGCAGCCGAACAAAAACUACUUUAAGCAGAAACUUUUAAAGGAUAUCAUCUUGAAUUACAAGCUACCAAGUAAAAAGAUGACAAGUCUGAUGGUUGAAAGGGAAUGUCAAGAGCGAUUAUUGUUAGUUGAUUUUUUGACAAAGGUACUUAAUCUUAAUCCUUUGGAAAGGCUAACACCACAGGAAGCUUUGAAGCAUCCAUUUGUUCAAGAUGUGAGAUCUAUCGAGAUGCCAGCUGUUUAA